AGUCCAAUAUACGUCAAACCCAAAUCAUUGUUCAAAGACUCUAGGAGUUUUAGGUACUUUUAAGGCAUUUGCAAAAAACCCCAAACCAUGGAUACCGCCGGGAAGGUUAUUAAAUGCAAAGCCGCAGUAGCUUGGGAGCCUAAAAAACCCUUAUCCAUUGAAGAGAUUGAGGUGCCACCCCCAAAGGCUCAUGAAGUUCGAAUUAAGAUUGCUGCUACCGGUGUGUGUCACACUGACCUGUAUUUCCUGAAUGAGGGAAAUAUAAAGGAGCACUUUCCACAUAUUCCCGGUCAUGAAGGAGCUGGGAUUGUAGAGAGUGUGGGUCCAGGAGUGACCAAGUUAAAGCCAGGAGACAAAGUUAUCCCUCUUUUUGCUUCUCAGUGUGGAGAAUGCCGGUUCUGCCUAAAUCCCAAAACCAAUCUGUGUGACAAGAACUGGUCAUUGCAAAAACCCAUGUUCAGAAUGACGUGCAGGGGGAAGCCAGUCUUCCAGAUGACGGGCACCAGCACUUUCUCAGAGUACACAGUGGUCGAUGAGAUCUCCGCUGUCAAGAUUUGUGACUCUGCCCCCCUGGACAAGGUCUGCCUGCUGGGCUGUGGUGUCUCCACUGGGUAUGGAGCAGCCCUCAACACUGCCAAGGUUGAGCCCGGCUCCACCUGUGCAGUGUUUGGCCUGGGAGCUGUGGGUCUGGCUGUGGUGAUGGGCUGCAAGGCUGCAGGAGCCUCUCGGAUCAUUGGGAUCGACAUCAACAAGGACAAGUUUGAGAAGGCAAAGGUGUUCGGUGCCACCGAGUUUGUCAACCCUAACGACCACAGCAGACCCAUCCAGGAGAUGCUGAUUGAAAUGACUAAUGGGGGAGUGGACUACUCCUUUGAGUGUGUGGGCAAUGUUACUUUAAUGAGGAGUGCCCUGGAGUGCUGUGUGAAAGGCUGGGGAGUCUGUGUCAUUGUUGGGGUGACAGAGCUCAACGACAUUUCUACUCGGCCAAUGCAGCUGCUAAAUGGUCGCACCUGGAAGGGGUCGUUGUUUGGUGGCUGGAAGAGUUUGGAUAGCGUGCCUCAGUUGGUGGAGGACUACAUGGCAAAGAAACUUAUGCUGGAUGAGUUUGUGAGCCACACACUGCCCUUAGAUGGAGUGAAUGAGGCCUUUAACCUCAUGACCAGCGGAAAAAGCAUUCGGACGGUUUUGAUAAUGCAAGGAAAAUAAGAUGAAGCUCGAAGGGACUUCCCUGGCCCUCUGCUCAAGCUCCUUGGAAUCAUCCUCAUACUUUUGUGUAUUUCGGUAUUAAUUUCAUUGUUAGUCGUGGUGAUUAAGUGCCUGGGAAAAGAUACACAACAUAAAUAAAGACUUUUCAAACCUUA